GAUCAAUUUAGUUACUAAGUAGGGUAAUAACAUCAAAAUAACAAUAAUAUUACGAAAAUAUUAUCAAUGAAAGUUGGUAUCAUUGGUUCUGGUAUUAUUGGUCUAUCAACAGCAUUUCUAAUUAAAGAAAAUUAUUCAAAUGUAGAAAUUCUUAUACAAUCUGAUAAGAAAAAUGUUAUGGUUACUAGUUAUGGUGCAGCUGGUAUAUUUAGACCAGAUCCUAAAUUAUUACCAGGAUCAGAAUAUGAUCAGGAUCAAUUCAAUGAUUUUAUUCGUUGGUGUAAUGCAGGACGUGAACAAUAUUGGAAAUUAGCAACUAGUUGGAAUUCAUCGAAUACUGGUGUAUACUUUCAUCCAACUUAUCAAUUAUCAGAAUAUAAUGAAUUUGAUAGACCAUUUAUAAGUAAAUUAUGUGGAAAAACUGUAUUUUUAGAUGAAGAAGAGAUUCAGUCUAUUGGAUUUGCUAAGCAUAUUAAAUCAGCUUAUUAUUAUACAACGUGUAUUGUAGAACCACGUUAUUAUAUGAAUUACUUAUUGAAUGAACUUAAAAAUUUAAUUCCAAAUGAUCAAUCUAUUUAUAGUGAAAGAGAGAUUGCGUUUACUUCUUCAAAUGAAUUACAUUAUUGGGCUAAAGAACAAAAAAUCAAUAUAAUUAUUAAUUGUACUGGAUUAGGAUCAGGUUAUUUAUUUCAUGAUCCAGAAAUAAGACCAGUUAAAGGUCAAUUAGUACGUGUUCUAGCACCAUGGAUGAAAUUUGGAUUCUAUUUCGGGCGCGAUGAUACAUAUUGUUAUACAGGAAAAGAAAGUGUAAUUCUUGGAGGAUUUCGUGAACAUUUACCUCCAGUUUUAAAAAGACCUACAACAGAUGAUGAUAUAAGAGUAUCGCCUGAAUCUACAAAAGAUAUUCUUCAAAGAAUUGAUAAUACUUGGCAUGGAGGACUAGGCAAAUCACCAUUAGUUGAAGAAUGGACAGGAUUACGGCCAUUCAGACCAUCUAUAAGAUUAGAAAUUGAAUGGUAUCAACCUGAAAUUACCUGUGAACCUUUACCAAUUAUACAUAAUUAUGGACAUGGUUCAAUGGGUGUUGCAUUAAGUUGGGGUACUGCAAUAGAUACUCUGAAACUUUUUGAAGAUGUAGUAAAAUCAAGUCCAAAUAUUCAUACUUAAUUUAGUCAACUCACUGGAUUUUCUAAUUUCAAUCAUUUGUAAUUCAAUUUAUUAUUGAAAAUUAUUAAUAUUGUAUUGUAUAAUACAAGUUGUCUCGACACCUUAGAUACAUAAUACUGUAAACAAAUAAAAGAAAGGGAAUAUUCCGAAAACCUGGAAAUAAGAAAAGUAUAUUUUGUCUUGAACUGAUGUAAACUUGGAACAACUAAUAAAUCAGGGACCAUUUGAUGUUAGUUCCAUUUUAGCUCGUAACUUUAGGAUUAGCUAGAUCAAUAAUGUAGGUGGUCUGUGUGAAUGACCAUGAUCUACUUGUGUUGGACGGAAAUGGUAUUGUGGUGCAGAUUACUUAUGUAGAUCAAUAUCAGUAGUAUGUAACAUUAAUAGAAAGUGAAAACCCUAGCAUCAGGAGGUUAAGAAUAUCUAAUAGAAGAGAACGGUAACAGAGAGUGCUUGGUGUGGAAAGGAAGAAACACUAAAGUCUGGGACAAUUAAUAUACAUUUCGCAAAUGAAAUAUUUAUCGUAUGGUUCUCAAAUUUCAGCAUGAAAUUCUGUAUUUCGAUAUUCAAUAACAUUUGAUUGUCUCCAUUUGUGUUCUCGAUCACUACAGUGGAACUUCCUAGCUCAAGUCCGAAUUACGUCUAGCGGUUGACACCUGACACGAACCACUUUUAUAUGAUGCCCUACGUUGACGACUUCAUAAAAUAAACGUGUUAUAAAUAAAAAUCUUUUUGUAAGACUUGAUAAAUGUACAUCACACCAACCAGUCAUGCUUGACCUUGGCAAUGUUUGAUAGACUGUCUGCGGGUCAGCAACCUGUUGCCUGAAGUAAAAACGUUCAACCUGAUGGGUGGUUUGUUCGAGGCUCCGUAACUUUUCACCUGCCCUAUGUGUGUGAACGUGCU